AAAGUAUUGGAAGUCAAUAUUUUAGCAACUCUUCCAUCACCGAAAUCGAAGGUUUUUAAAAUCCUAGUCGUCACUCGUCAGUGAAGAGAUCUGAAGGGAAAGAGAGGAAGACACUCUCCGACCGACAAGAUCGUUCCUCACUGCAUCGACCAGGAGAUUCCAGAUCAUGGGUUCUAAGCAUAACCCACCGGGGAACAGGUCGAGGAGUCCUCUCUCUCUAAUCGCCGUGAUAGGUUUGUGCUGUUUCUUCUAUCUUCUUGGAGCAUGGCAGAAGAGCGGUUUCGGCAAAGGAGACAGCAUAGCUAUGGAGAUAACCAAGCAGGCACAGUGCACAGACAUUGUCACUGAUCUCGACUUUGAGCCUCACCAUAACAAGGUGGAGAUUCCUCAAACGGCUAAGCCAAAACCCGUCGUGUUCAAACCGUGUGAUGUGAAAUACAAGGAUUACACUCCUUGCCAGGAACAAGACCGUGCGAUGAAGUUCCCGAGGGAGAAUAUGAUAUACAGAGAGAGACAUUGCCCGCCAGAGAAUGAGAAACUGCAUUGUCUUAUACCGGCACCUAAAGGAUAUAUGACUCCAUUCCCUUGGCCUAAAUGCCGGGAUUAUGUCCACUAUGCCAAUGUUCCUUUCAAAAGCUUGACGGUCGAAAAGGCUGGGCAGAACUGGGUGCAAUUUCAAGGAAAUGUGUUCAAGUUCCCCGGAGGAGGAACCAUGUUUCCUCAGGGAGCCGAUGCAUAUAUAGAUGAGCUAGCUUCCGUUAUCCCGAUCAAAGAUGGCACCGUCAGAACUGCAUUGGACACAGGAUGUGGGGUUGCAAGCUGGGGAGCCUAUAUGCUUAAAAGGAACGUAUUGGCAAUGUCAUUUGCACCACGGGACAACCACGAAGCACAGGUACAGUUUGCACUCGAGAGAGGUGUUCCUGCAGUAAUAGGUGUCCUCGGGUCCAUUCGUCUUCCAUACCCUUCAAGAGCCUUUGAUAUGGCCCAAUGCUCUCGAUGCUUAAUACCAUGGACCUCAAACGAGGGAAUGUAUUUGACGGAAGUCGAUAGAGUACUGAGACCAGGAGGGUACUGGGUCUUGUCUGGGCCUCCGAUCAACUGGAAGACCUAUUACCAGACAUGGAAGCGGUCUAAGCAAGAACUCAACGCAGAACAGAAGAGAAUAGAGGAAAUUGCAGAGUCCUUGUGCUGGGAGAAGAAGUACGAGAAGGGAGAUAUCGCAAUCUGGAGAAAGAAACCGAACGACGAGUCUUGUGACAGGACAUCCGUUAACUUCUGCGAGGGAAAAGACACCGAUGAUGUCUGGUACAAGGAGAUGGAAACGUGUGUAACUCCGUUCCCUAAGGUAUCCAGUGAAGACGAAGUCGCCGGAGGAAAGCUGAAGAAGUUUCCGGAAAGGCUGUUUGCAGUCCCUCCACGUAUUUCCAAAGGUCAAGUCGAGGGUGUCAAUGCUGAAUCAUUCGAGGAGGACAACAAACUCUGGAAGAAGCGUCUGAGUACAUACAAAAGGGUCAACAGACUGAUUGGUACAACAAGAUUCCGUAAUGUGAUGGACAUGAACGCGGGUCUCGGUGGAUUUGCAGCAGCGGUUGAAUCCCCUAAGUCUUGGGUUAUGAACGUCAUUCCAACCAUUGCGAAGAACACGUUAGGUGUCAUAUACGAGAGGGGUCUCAUCGGUAUCUACCACGACUGGUGUGAAGGCUUCUCUACUUACCCGAGGACAUACGAUCUUAUCCAUGCCAAUGGCGUCUUCAGCUUGUAUAAGAACAGCUGCAAAAUAGAAGACAUUCUCUUGGAAAUGGAUCGUAUUCUCCGGCCAGAAGGAACGGUGAUUUUCCGUGACGAGGUCGAUGUUCUUAACGACGUAAGAAAAAUCGCCGACGGAAUGAGAUGGGACACAAAGCUGAUGGAUCACGAGGACGGUCCUCUCGUGCCGGAGAAAAUCCUCGUCGCCGUCAAACAGUACUGGGUCGCCGGCGGUAACAGUACGUCUUCUUCUAGUGAAGAAUGAAUAGCCAAAACUUUCUCAGUGUGAUUGUUGAUCUAUGCAUCCCGGCAAGAGGAAGUUUGCUCGAAGCCAAUGGAAGUGAGAAAGUGAGGACAGAAUCGGAGUUUCUACGAAAUGGAGGGGUCAAAGUUUGAAUAUUUUAGGUGGUGUAAAAGAAUAUUUGCAAUUAUUUUUUGUCCCCUAGCAUUUCAUUUUCUUUAGUUUUUUUCCUUUAUAAUUAUUGUUGAUGUAUUUGGCCCAAAUAAGAGAGUCCAAAGCUCGAGAAAAGGUUUGCAUCGGUCGCUAGCUAUUAUGAUGUGAAAUUAUUGUAUGAUCGUAACAUUUUUCAUUAGUAUGAUGUGAAAUUAAUUAUUUCCA